GUGCCUCCUGAGGUAUGUAUGCAAAAGAGCAACUCCUGUAACUAUGGGAAGCCCCUGCAAGAGCGUCUACUGUCCUGUAAGAAGAUAGGACCAGGAGCCAGGCCAGGAGAGUCUGUAUUGUCUGCCAGUCAGUGGCGGAGGAGGGAGGCGGGGGGGCGGGUCACCCCGGGUGCCAUCUCUGAGGGGGGUGACAAGAAGGCACCCUGCGGAGGGCUCACCCUCCCGCCCCCGGCCAUUGUGCCACCACAGCCACGUGCGGAGGAUCCUCCGUUUGCGGCUGCAGUGGCGGCAGAGGGAUCCCACAGCCGUCCGUAUGGCACUUGAGCAGUGCCGUUGGCAAACCGCCCUGCGCCGCAUGCGCCGUAUGUUGCGGCGCUGCGCAUGCACUGCCAGGCGGUUUGCCCCGCCCCCCCACCCCUGGUGCCGGUUAGCCUUCCUUCGCCCCUGCUGCCAGUGGCUCUCCAGGGCUUCAGUCUUUCCCAAUGCUGUCUGCAGUUGCCAGGAUUGAACCCAGGCCUUCUGCAUGCAAAGCAUGCUCUCCACUGCUGAGCUGCGGACCUUCUGCUAAAAAGGAAAAAAACCUAAGAUUCUAGUCCUCAUCAUAAAGAACAAAAUAAGUAGGGGUGUGGCAAAUUGCUUUAUCCCAAGCUCAAUGUUGACUACGCUGACCAGCAGCGACUGUCCAGGGUUCCAGGCCAGGAGUCUUUCCCACCCUAUCUGGAACUGGCAGGGACUGAAGCAGGAACCUUUUGCAGUCAAGGCAAGUGCUUGGAAGGAAGAUUCCAGUCCUCAUUAUUUCUGAAUAAAGGGAUAAUUUAAUUGGGUAUAGAGGACUUCUACAAUGUUAGAGCGUUGAUCCAUCUAGCUAAGCAUUGUCUACACUGACUGGCAGCAGCUCUCCAGGUUUUCAGACAAGCUUAUCAGGAGCUGCUGAGGGUUGAAAUUAGAACCUUUGAUGUGAGAAGCAGGUGCUCUGGCUGCUGAGCCACAGUCCUUCCUCCAAAAAGAAAGGAAGGUUCCAGUCCUUGAUAUACCGUAUUUUUCGCACCAUAGGGCGCACCGGACCAUAGGGCGCACAUAGUUUUUAGACGGGGAAAUCAAUAAAAAAAAUCUUUCCCCCCCCCCAGCCCCAAAGAGCAGUGUACAGGCUGCGCACAACCUCUCCCUGCCAGAGGGGUUGUGCGCGGCUAUGGAACAAGCCAAGGCAGCAAGCGGGAUGGAUCCCGCUGGCUGCUUUGGCUUCCUCUUUAGCCCCGCGCAAUCCCUCCCUGCCAGGAGAGGCUGCGCAGGGCUAAAGAAGUCAUAGCCCUGUGCAGUGUCUCCAUGCCGGCACCAGCCUCUCUAUGGCACAAGCCUGCAUUCGCUCCAUAGGACGCACACACAUUUCCCCUCAAUUUUUGGAGGGGAAAAACUGCGUCCAAUGGAGCGAAAAAUACGGUAAAGAAAGGGCCAAUUUGAACAGGGACGUUGAAAGCUGCUGUCUGCCAGAGCUGCCGUGAUUUGAACCUGGGACCUUUGUGCCUGCAAGGCAGGAGCUGUUCCAAUGAGCUGUGGCCCUUGUUCCAAGAGGAGGGUUUGACAGGUGAAGCGCUUGCUCAACUCAUGUCUUCUCCUCUCUGGCAGUUCAGGAGGCAGACCUCCGUACACCUGAAACACAGCUUCUUCCUGUCAAACUCCUCACGGGCGCAAUCCGAGCAGUUCAUCAACCUGCGUGAGGUCAGCACCCGCUUCAAGCUGCCACCGGGGGAGUAUAUCAUGGUGCCUUCCACCUUUGAACCCAACAAGGAAGGGGACUUCGUGCUCCGGGUCUUCGCAGAGAACAAAGCCAGGACAGUGUAUGUCUUGCUGGUGAUCUUUGUCAUUCGUUUGGCAGAGGGUGGGCAAUUUUUCAAGUGUUGGAAAUGGGUUUCGGGGUGUUGUGCAGUGUCCUCUUGCAGCGCUGUCUAACUACUCAGACCCACUGAAAUCAACAUUUAGGUAUGAGUGAUAAUAAUAAUAAUAAUAAUAAUAAUAAUAAUAAUAAUAAUAAUUUAUUUCAUUUCUAUACCAUUUUAUAUUUUUAAGAAAAAUCUCACAGCGGUUUACAGAAUAUUGAAACAUCAAUAAAACAAUCUGAAGAAAGUCAAACCUUCCUCUGAAGGAAACCCCCAAGAACUAGGGACCCCUGGCACAACAAAUCCAGUUCUUCUUCUUUUUAAGUGAAUUUAUUGUUCUUGGGAAAGUGAUAGGCAACUCCACAUUUACGUGCAUUUGAGCCAUGUGUGAUUGCGCGCAUUGCCGUGAAUGCUGAAAUAGCACAAAAAGGGGCAAUACAGCCCUAAAAGAUCAUAAAAAAGUGAAAAUAGUAUCUGGCAAUCCCAGGAGCCUUAGCACCAACCUUUGAGGCCUGUGGAGACUUGGAGUUUGAGCAAGGAGGCUUGGAGGGAGCAACUGUGGAAGGGUUUGGUAGCUUUUUUGUUUGUUUUCUAAAUUUUUUUUGAUGGUUUCCAGAGGUUUGGAGGGUGUUUGCAGGCUUUUCCAAUGGUGUUCCCAAUUUAUGCAAUUUCACUUAAAUGUGUGGUGCCUAAGAACGUAACCCCCAUGUAAAUGGGGAGUUGCCUGAACUGAAAAGAAUGGGAUUGUAUUAUAGAAACAGAAACAUUGAACAACAACCUACUUAAACAUACCAAAAAAUUAAAAUUACCUACACCCAUGUGACUUCCUUCCACCAGUGCUUGUCCUCACUUAGCCUAUAAUUUUGUUAUUCACAUUGCAAUUUUUAUCUCUCAUACUUAAACCUCUUGUUUUACUAUUUUCAGGGGACUGCCAUCGGAACAGGGAAGGGAAGCUGAGGGGCAGUUGGGUUAG